GAAGAGUGGUAUCGAAUAUCAUCAUUUUACUGGUAAAGUGAAAGGAUCCAUGGAUAUGCAUACAAUUUCUCAGCCGACAAAAGGCGUUCUAGGACGUUUCAAGAUGUAAUGUGGACGUCGAAUGCCCACCGGGAUUUUGAGUCAAUUUUUACUUUAAUGCAAUUUAUCUUUAAAAUGGUAUGUAUUUUUUGUUUUAGUCGGAUUCGUUGUACAUAAAAUAUGCAACAUAAGGGUGAACAUAUCAAGUAACAUUUUCUAUACAACUGUUAUAAAAGAAAAAAUGAAUGAACUUUUACGUGAUCAUGGUAGAGUUAUUGAUUUAACAAAAAAAUCAUUAACGCUUUUAGAAAUGCAAGAUCUAUUGAAAAAAAUAGAAAAUAAUAAACGCGUAGGCCAUAUUAUUUGGGGAAAAAAUACCAACUCUUGUAGUAUUGAAGUACAGAAAAAAAUUGAAGAAAAAAUUAUUCAAAAUAACAAAAACCAUUUUAAGCAUCCUAAUGACUUUAUUUAUGCAUUGCUGAGCUCAUUCGUUUAUAAAGACUCUAAACAAGAAGAAAGAGUGGAAUUUAAAAAUGCUAAUAAAGUUAAAUUCAAUCAAUAUUUAUUGAAAUGGAAAUUUCAAAAGACAUACGAUAAACCAGAAGCUGGAAAAUAUUAUGCUGCCACCUUCAUUAAUGAGUCAGAAUACCAACUAGUACUUGCUCAUAGAGGAAUUUCAAAACUAACUAUUGAAGAUUUGUUAAAAUCUGAUUCACCUUUAAGAAGUGAUAUUUUAGAAGUAUUAGGAAGAGAAAUAGUAGCUCAGUUGAAGGAAGAAUACUUUGUUACUAAAGAAGUAGUAGCUUACGCUGAAGACAUUGGAUAUCAGCUAUCAGUUACAGGCCUCUCGCUUGGAACUUGGUUGGCUGAACUCACUGUAUAUUUUUGUGCAGCUAAGUUUCACUAUGCAGCUAAAGCUGUGACUUUUGAAAGCCCUGGCUCAAAAGGAAUUGAAAAUAUUUGUUCUAACAUUAUUAAAAUAAAUACCGAAAAACUUUCUGAUUGUAUUAAUAGAUAUAGUGACUUACUUAAAAACUUUCUGAUUGUAUUGAUAGAUAUAGUGACUUAUUUAAAAACUUUCUGAUUGUAUUGAUAGAUAUAGUGACUUAUUUAAAAACUUUCUGAUUGUAUUGAUAGAUAUAGUGACUUAUUUAAAAACUUUCUGAUUGUAUUGAUAGAUAUAAUGACUUAUUUAAAAACUUUCUGAUUGUAAUAAUAGAUA